UGUGUGUGUGUGACAGAGAGAGAGCGAGAGAGAGAGCGCGAGAGGAGAGAGAGCGAGAAAGAGAGAGAGAGCAAGAGAGCGAGCUGUGAGCUGUGCUGCCGCCGCCGCUGCCCUUUGAUCCCGACAUUAGUGUUAGGGGCUCGGAGACACAGAGCGCGGCCAUAGACACCGCCGCACCGGCACUCAUUUAUUUAUACCUCCCAUCACACACGCGAGCAUAGGACACACACACACUCACACCUAUUAGAUCCGUUUCCAUUGAAGAAUAUUACGCUCGGGGACAAGCCAGGUGCACGACCAAAAAUUAAAAAAAAAAAAAAAAAAGGAAAAAAGAAAGGAAAGAAAAGAAGAAAACCCCUCUUCUGGCUCCAGGAAACAAGCUUCAACCCAUUGCACACACCGGAGAAGGGGUUUCCCCCUGCCCGCCCGCCCGCCCCCCAACUACCUCCCCGCUCCUGCCAGUGUCUGCCUCUCUGCCCCCACGGGGGUUUAUUUGAUCUCACAUUAACCAAGGAGGAGAAUGUGAGAAAAGGGGGAAAAUGCCCAGGAGGAAGCAGGAGCAGCCCAAGCGCCUUCCCUCACAUGUUAGUAGGCAGGAAGAGGCGGAGGGAGAGCUCAGUGAAGGAGAACACUGGUAUGGAAACUCUUCAGAGACUCCGUCAGAAGCAUCCUUUGGGGAAGUCCAGGAGAACUAUAAGUUGUCUCUGGAGGACCGGAUCCAGGAGCAGUCCACGUCCCCCGACACCUCCUUGGGAAGCACCACUCCCAGCAGCCACACACUGGAGCUGGUGGCACUGGACGGUGAGGUCCUGCGAGACUCACUGCAGUGUCAAGAUCACCUUUCCCCGGGAGUGUCUUCUUUGUGUGACGAUGACCCAGGCUCCAACAAGCCCCUGAGCAGCAACUUGAGGCGGCUGCUGGAGGCUGGUUCCCUCAAACUCGAUGCUGCAGCCACGGCCAAUGGCAGAGUGGAGUCCCCCGUGAACGUUGGCUCGAACCUCUCCUUUUCCCCACCUUCCCACCACGCCCAGCAGCUCAGUGUUCUGGCCAGGAAGUUGGCCGAGAAGCAGGAACAGAAUGACCAAUACACUCCAAGUAACCGUUUUAUAUGGAAUCAAGGUAAGUGGUUGCCAAACUCAACCACCACCUGCAGCUUGUCUCCGGAUUCAGCCAUCCUAAAACUGAAAGCUGCAGCCAAUGCCGUUCUGCAGGACAAAUCUCUCACCAGGACUGAGGAGACCAUGCGAUUUGAGUCCUUUUCCUCCCCUUUUAGCUCCCAGUCUGCCAGUUCUACCUUGGCCGCUUUGUCCAAGAAGGUCAGUGAGAGAAGUUUGACUCCCGGUCAGGAGCACCCUCCACCGGCCAGCUCCUUCCUUUCCCUGGCUUCUAUGACUUCCUCAGCGGCCCUUCUGAAGGAGGUGGCAGCAAGGGCUGCGGGCAGUCUUCUGGCUGAGAAGUCAUCGCUGCUGCCUGAGGACCCUCUACCGCCCCCGCCUUCAGAGAAGAAACCAGAAAAAGUCAGUCCGCCACCUCCACCACCACCUCCACCACCUCCACCACCACCACCACAAUCCCUGGAAUUAUUAUUACUCCCAGUUCCUAAGGGAAGAGUUUCUAAACCCUCCAAUUCAGCCUCAGAAGAGGAAAGUGGAAAGCCUUUCCAGUGUCCAAUAUGUGGUUUGGUUAUUAAAAGGAAGAGUUACUGGAAGCGGCACAUGGUGAUUCACACAGGUUUAAAAAGUCAUCAGUGUCCGCUCUGUCCAUUCCGGUGUGCUCGCAAGGACAAUCUCAAAUCCCACAUGAAGGUUCAUCAGCACCAGGAUCGGGGAGAGACCUUUCAGUGCCAGCUGUGCCCUUUUACUUCCUCACGCCACUUCAGCCUGAAACUCCACAUGCGUUGCCAUCAGCACUUCCUGAGGACAGAAGCCAAGGUGAAGGAGGAGAUCCCAGACCCAGAUGUCAAGGGAUCUCCCCACCUCAGUGACAGUGCCUGCCUGGGGCAGCAAAGGGAAGGAGGAGGGACAGAGCUAGUGGGGACCAUGAUGACGUCUAACACUCCAGAGAGGACUAGCCAGGGAGGGGCUGGCGUCUCGCCUUUGCUGGUGAAGGAGGAACCCAAGGAAGAUAACGGCCUGCCCACCUCCUUUACUUUGAAUGCUGCCGACAGGCCCGCCAACCACACAAAGCUGAAAGACCCCUCCGAGUAUGUGGCCAACAGUGCGUCAGCAUUGUUCAGCCAGGACAUCUCUGUUAAGAUGGCGUCUGAUUUUCUCAUGAAGCUGUCAGCUGCAAAUCAGAAGGAGCCCAUGAAUCUUAAUUUUAAAGUGAAAGAGGAGCCUAAGGAAGGGGAGUCCCUAAGCACGACUUUGCCUCGGUCCAGCUAUGUGUUCAGCCCGGAAUCUGAAGUGUCAGCCCCAGGCGUCUCUGAGGACGCACUAAAGCCCCAGGAAGGGAAGGGAAAUGUGCUAAGGCGGGAUGUGUCAGUCAAAGCAGCCUCUGAACUUCUCAUGAAACUCUCAGCGGAAAGCUACAAAGAAACACAGAUGGUGAAGAUUAAAGAGGAACCGAUGGAGGUUGACAUCCAGGACUCCCAUGUCUCAAUAUCACCCAGCCGGAAUGUUGGCUACAGCACUUUAAUCGGGCGAGAGAAAACCGAACCCUUACAGAAGAUGCCAGAGGGCAGAGUACCCCCAGAGCGAAACCUCUUCAGUCAGGAUAUCUCUGUGAAGAUGGCUUCCGAGCUCCUCUUUCAACUGUCAGAAAAAGUGAGCAAAGAGCACAAUCAUACAAAAGAAAACACCAUCCGGACCACCACCAGCCCUUUCUUUUCAGAAGACACAUUUAGACAAUCACCAUUCACCUCCAAUUCAAAAGAACUGCUGCCCAGUGAAUCUGUGCUGCACGGAAGAAUAUCAGCUCCAGAAACAGAAAAGAUAGUCCUAGAGGCAGGGAAUGGAUUACCAUCCUGGAAAUUCAAUGACCAACUUUUUCCCUGUGACGUGUGUGGGAAAGUGUUUGGCCGACAGCAGACCUUGUCCCGACACCUGUCGCUGCACACAGAGGAAAGAAAAUACAAAUGCCACUUGUGCCCCUAUGCUGCUAAGUGCCGUGCAAAUCUGAACCAGCACUUGACUGUCCAUUCCGUGAAGCUGGUGAGUACAGACACCGAGGACAUUGUCAGCGCCGUCACCUCUGAAGGCAGUGACGGGAAGAAACAUCCUUAUUAUUACAGUUGUCACGUGUGUGGAUUUGAGACAGAGCUCAAUGUCCAGUUUGUCAGCCACAUGUCACUCCACGUGGACAAGGAGCAGUGGAUGUUUUCAAUCUGCUGCACUGCUUGCGACUUCGUCACCAUGGAGGAAGCAGAGAUAAAGACUCACAUUGGCACCAAGCACACAGGGGAAGACAGGAAGACCCCCAGCGAAUCAAAUAGCCCCUCUUCAUCCUCCCUCUCAGCUCUGAGUGAUUCGGCCAACAGCAAAGAUGAUUCAGAUGGCUCCCAGAAAAACAAGGGUGGGAACAACCUGCUGGUCAUCUCUGUCAUGCCUGGGAGCCAGCCCUCACUGAACAGUGAGGAAAAACCAGAGAAAGGGUUCGAAUGCGUUUUUUGCAACUUUGUCUGCAAGACGAAGAACAUGUUUGAGCGUCAUCUGCAGAUACACCUCAUCACCCGGAUGUUUGAGUGUGAUGUGUGCCAUAAGUUCAUGAAGACCCCCGAACAGCUGCUGGAGCAUAAGAAAUGCCACACUGUCCCCACCGGUGGGCUCAACUCAGGACAGUGGUGAGUUUCAGACUCCUCUAGGUGCCCAUUCUGCAUUUAUUCCACCAACCGCCCCGCUGCCAUGGAGUGCCACCUCAAGACCCACUACAAGAUGGAGUACAAGUGCCGGAUCUGCCAGACGGUGAAGGCCAACCAGCUGGAGCUGGAGACGCACACCCGGGAGCACCGCCUGGGCAACCACUACAAGUGCGACCAGUGCGGCUACCUGUCCAAGACCGCCAACAAGCUCAUCGAGCACGUGCGCGUCCACACCGGGGAGCGGCCCUUCCACUGUGACCAGUGCAGCUACAGCUGCAAGCGCAAGGACAAUCUCAACCUGCACAAGAAGCUGAAGCACGCCCCACGCCAGACCUUCAGCUGCGAAGAGUGCCUGUUCAAGACCACACACCCUUUCGUCUUCAGCCGCCACGUCAAGAAGCACCAGAGUGGGGACUGCCCCGAGGAGGACAAGAAGGGCCUGUGUCCAGCCCCCAAGGAACCGGCCGGCCCGGGGGCCCCGCUCCUGGUGGUCGGGAGCUCCCGGAAUCUCCUGUCUCCCCUGUCGGUUAUGUCCGCUUCCCAGGCUCUGCAGACCGUGGCCCUGACAGCAGCCCACGGCAGCAGCUCAGAGCCCAACCUGGCACUCAAGGCUUUGGCCUUCAACGGCUCCCCUUUGCGCUUUGACAAGUACCGGAACUCAGAUUUUGCCCAUCUCAUUCCCUUGACAAUGUUAUACCCCAAGAACCACUUGGAUCUCACAUUCCACCCUCCCCGACCUCAGACUGCGCCUCCCAGCAUCCCCUCACCCAAACACUCCUUCCUCGCCUAUCUGGGACUGAGAGAAAGAGCAGAGACUGUCUGAGGGCAGCCAUGUUCUGUACCAAAAACAAAGAGACAAAAGACAAAAAAAAAACCCACAAAACUUAAACACAACCCCAGCAGGUGUAUGUUGCUGCAAAACCUACAGACCCCCAUGGGUCUGAAACAUGUGUACUGUAUAUCUUUAGUAAGGAAUAGAGAAUUGGCUCUGUGUGUAUACCUAUUGCAUUGACCUGAAAGCUGCUUUAUCCAAUCUUCAGAGAGGUGACCUACUGCAUACUUCUACCUUCAGAGGCAUGCCUCCCCAGCCACCCACUCCCACUCUCAGCCCUUCUCCGUACUUUUCUCUGAAAGGAAUCUUGUCUUGUUAAACCCUAAAGAGAGUGUCCUUAAUAGCAAUCAGCACUUGUAAGCUUAUAUAUUGGUGCAUUUGGUUUUCUGUUGGGUGAAUGUGGUGUGUGGGCGUUUGUGGAUUCUGAAAGAGAAAGCCGUGUGUCGUGUGCCAUGACAUUUCUAUUGCACAUUCUUUGUACUGGCUUCUUUAACAGCGAUGAACGUUCUUUUCCCUCCUGGGUUGUUCAUCCACGACAGUCUCUCCCUGUGCUCCUUCAUCACCUUUCCCUCUCUCUUUGACGGCUACAGAGUGGUAGGGCCUGGUGCUUAGUCGAUGAAGGAAUGGUAGACAUCUACAGUGCUGCUGGAGAUUUCCACCAGAGCGCUGGAGACCUUGUACUCAGAUCUUCUCUGGCGAUGAAGAGGCGAGGAAUCGAGUGACUGAUCUGGAAGAAAUAUCUUGCAGCACUGCAGCAAACAUCACAGAACUUAAGUGUGUUUUGUGUGUGUGCCCACACAUAGACAAAUGUGUACGGUGCACACACACAGUGCAUCAUUUUUUAAGGGCAGAUUAUAUAUAUAUAUAUGAUGUAUUAAUUCAGUGGUUACCAUUUGUUUGCAGGAAAAAGAAAUGUAUGAGUGAAAAAAAUUUAUGGUUGAUAAAUCCAGCCAAGGAGAUUAAAAGGGGUUUGGAUAAAUUCUGGGUAUAAAUGCUCAGACUAAAAAAAAGAAACGGCAGUUUUGCACAGUGCUGUGGUCUUGCACUAGUUUUUGUUUCUCAUCUGAAAAAA